AACUUGAAUUUCCUGAUUCAAAUUAGAGAGGCGAUAUAAAUAGUCCGAAGAUUUGCGGAAGCCUAUCAGUUGUUUCUUAGACAAACGACCAUUUAAUUACCUUACCACUCUGCUUUCGUAUUCGAAGCAUCCACGCCUUUUAUCAUGAGAGAGUGCAUUUCAAUCCACAUCGGUCAAGCCGGUUGCCAAAUUGGUAACGCGUGCUGGGAGCUGUAUAGUCUUGAGCACGGCAUCGACAAGACUGGUCGCCUGACUGCCGAGAAUCGCACUGAGGAAGUGGAGGAUUCGUACUCAACUUUCUUCAGUGAGACGUCCAGCGGAAAGCUGGUUCCUCGCGCUGUGUUCGUUGAUCUGGAACCAACCGUGAUCAACAGCAUCCGCACUGGAGAGUACAGAGAGAUGUACCACCCUGAACAACUCAUCAGUGGCAAGGAGGAUGCCGCCAACAACUACGCACGUGGUCACUACACUGUGGGCAAAGAGAUUGUCGAUAACGUGCUUGAUCGCAUCCGUCGCCUGGCAGACAGUUGCUCUGGUCUGCAGGGAUUCCUUGUAUUCCACUCUUUCGGUGGAGGAACCGGAUCUGGAUUCACAUCCCUGCUAAUGGAACGCUUGUCAAUCGAUUACGGCAAGAAGUCCAAGCUGGAGUUUGCGGUAUACCCGUCUCCUCAGCUUGCAACGGCUGUUGUAGAGCCGUAUAACUCCGUGCUGACCACGCACACCACACUGGAACACAGUGACUGUGCUUUCAUGGUUGAUAACGAGGCUAUCUUCGACAUCUGCCGACGCAACCUCAACAUCCAGCAGCCCACAUACCAGAACCUGAACAGACUUGUGGCCCAGAUUGUGAGUAGUAUCACCGCUUCGCUGCGUUUCCAGGGAGCUCUCAACGUGGAUUUCAACGAGUUCCAGACCAACUUGGUACCCUACCCUCGUAUACAUUUCCCCCUGGUGACAUACGCACCCAUUAUCAGUGCGGAGAGGGCUAACCACGAGUCUCUGUCUGUGACAGAUAUCACCAAUUCCUGCUUUGAGCCAGAGAAUCAGAUGGUUAAAUGUGACCCGCGACGUGGCAAGUACAUGUCUUGUUGUCUAUUGUACCGUGGUGAUAUCGUUCCUAAGGAUGUCAACGUCACCAUCGCCUCUAUCAAGACCAAACGUAAUAUUCAAUUCGUUGAUUGGUGUCCGACUGGAUUCAAGAUCGGUUGCAACUUCAAGGCACCCACCACAAUCCCCGGCGGAGAUCUGGCCAAGGUGUCCCGUGCCGUGUGCAUGCUUUCCAACACCACCGCUAUUGUGGAGGCCUGGUCACGUCUCAACCACAAGUUUGAUCUCAUGUACGCCAAGCGUGCGUUUGUGCAUCACUACGUUGGUGAGGGUAUGGAAGAAGGAGAGUUCAGUGAAGCUCGUGAGGAUCUUGCGGCGCUUGAAAAAGAUUACGAGGAGGUGGCAACAGACUCCAACAUUGACGAGGAGAUGCAGACCGACGAGAAGGAGUACUAGAUUUAUACUGCUGUGACUGUUUACUAAGAAAUUUACAGUAUCUGUGUAGUAUCGUAUCAAGAAUAUUGCUUGUCGCUUGUGAUGUUUAUAGCGGGGACUUUGUCAAUUCGAUGAUACCGAUAACAGGAUCAAAGGCAUGCCAGGGUGCCUACUCAGGUGUGUUAGUAUAAAAUUCAGUUCGCUAACGAUUGUCAAAUGGGCGCAGAGAAUUAAACAACUGAAUAUGACUCGAUGGACUCAGAAUGUUCAGCACAGAUAGUCUACAACUGGAAUGUUUGUGCGAAUUGCACUUCGAGAUGGCCCGAACACACUUUCGCGGAUUAAUUAAUUGCUGCAUUAUUCAAGUACAGAUCUGUUCAAUAGGUCAAUAUUUAGAGAUGUUGUUUUGAUGUACCAGCAUGGAGCAACAGCAAUGUGCAAACAUUUCCCGAGAACAAAAAUAUGAUCAGCCUUCAUUGGAAAAUAAUCUUUGAUCAACUGAACUCCGUUCAGGCAGAUUUGAGGGGUUCUGAGAAUUCAAGAGGAAUAAUAGCUUUAAACGUUGGAGUUCUUUCUUAGGAUUUUCUCCAUAAUCUUUGAUUAGUGUAGGAGGACUUGGAAAAAGUUGGAUGAAAUAUAUAUAUAUUCUGAACUCCUGGCAAAUCGAUGCGAAACAAACAUUGCCCACUGGAUUGAGUCUCCGUGGAAUUUUUGCGAUUGCCUGCUUCGGGGGCCUCUGGGGAGAGAAAGCUUGUUUACGAGAUGGGAGACAGAGUCUCAGAGAGAGCCGCAGAGACUAAAGAGUGUCAGCCCAAGCCCCAAGAGGGCCAUGGAAAAAAGCCGUGACAAAACAAGUGUAUGUAUAUAUAUAUAAAUAUAUAUGUAUGUAUAUAUAUAUAUGUGUGUGUGUAUGUAUAUAUCUAUAUAUAUAUUGGGAUAUCCCCGUUGUAACAAGUUGGUUAACCACUCCUACUACGGGGAUUUCACUACAUAUAUAUAUAUAUAUAUAUAUAAGUCGGAGAGGGUAUGGAGAAAGGUUAGUUCAGUGAAGCUCGUGAGGGUCUUGAAAAGAACUACGAGGAGGUCUCAACGGACACUAAACUUGACGAGGAGACGCCUGCCGCGGAUUUUAGCGAGCACUAGAGCAACGCUCGGGAGAAUAAAUACAUGUGUAAAUAAAUGAAGC